CAAACUCGGCGACUCUGCGAACUAUAUAGGCUGUAUGAAAAAAUCGUUUUUAUCGCGUUGACCGCGAUGUUACUCAGAAUUUGGCAACGGAAUUAUUUGUGUCCAAAGUUGAAAAUUAAUUUUCACACUAAUCGAUCGAGUACACCUUCCGCGAAAUGCGAGAGAGCGAUCGAUAUCGUAAAUCUUUGUUUCAUUAAGUGAACGGCCCUGUUCUCGUCGAGUUUUCCCGGCCGCUGAAUGGGCAAUCGGCACGUUAAAAAACAAUUCAGCAUUCUAAUGGAAAAACGCUGACCUUUCGAAGGCGAAAGAGUAUAGUAUCCCUGCCGCGGAUAAAAAUCCGUGACAUUUUUAAAAAGUUAUUCGGACCGAGCUUGAAAUAUUGACUGCCGUGCGUGUCCGUCGUGUGCCUUUAUGAAUAUUAAUGUCGAAUGAAAAUCGCGAGGAUGAUUAGCCGAUUGCGAAUUUGAUGCAUCUAUAACAAAAACGAAUCGCGUUUGUUCCCGGGGAAAAAGAUCAAACAGCGUUGCGUACGCGUUGGAAAUUUUCAGCGAGCCGAUCUUUUUCCGGUGCUCGAAUCGAGCACUUUUUAAGAAAAUCCAACUGGAAGAUCGAACGAUUGGAAUCGGGGAACGGUGAACGGAAACGUAAAACAGCUUAAUGAGCAUCGCUGCGAUAGAAAAAAAGAUAAACCCUGCGAACAGGUAUCGUAAAACGCGAAGCACGAGCAAACAAUCCGUCGAUCCGUGCUCGAAUGAAUUCUUACGCGCCGAAGUUGUUAGCGAUCGCUGAAAUUCUUACGGACCGCGAAACCGCUAACGAAGCGACGUAGUUAACAACGGUGGACAAAAAGUUUGAGUGCCGAAGCCACUCGCGGAGUGCUCUGGCGGACAUUCGGAACCGCCGUCGGAAAAAUGAGAAGCUGAAUCCAUUAUCAAAAGGUCGGCGAGUUUUUAUCAGUUCAGUGAACUCGCUCGGCCGAGUGACGGAUUCUAUCGGGUCUCGUUCGUAAUUUCAGCAGCCGAAGAAUUUAUAAUUAACGCGGGCCCCGCAGCUGUAAUUUCGAAAUUGUAACUUUCGGACAGUUUCUGGAAUUAAACGUGUCGCAUAUUUUCGGGCGCAUAGUUCCUUUGCCGCGCGGACGUCGAGCAAUUUAUUAACAGCGCCGCGUCUGAACAACAACGCGAAGGGUUGCUUUUGAACUUUAUGCUGUGCCAUAGAGCACCCCGGCGUGUCGCCUGUGGCUCUAAUUUGGGUUUUACAGUGAGAAUGACUAUCAUAGACCGAUGCGAAAUGACGCGAAUGCUGCAUCGUUCAAAUUUAUGAGUCGCAUCGUCGCGCAUUCAAUUCCAUGCAGCGUUUAUUUCUCGAAUUUACUUACAUUCAAAUUUUUACCGUCCGCGAACGUGUCGAAGAACUUCGUUACGGUUUAAACGCAACACUUUUACACUUUAUAUUUGCUCUGCGAGCGAUUACAUGAUUCGAUUCAUGCAUUAACAGCGAGGUUUCGCGACGCGGUUUAGUUUUUGCUGGAAGAUCGCUUAGGAGAUCGAUCGUUGGAUAGUGCUCGGUGGUUCCAGCGUUCGGAUCGGUGUUCGAGCAUCGAGAGCGCGAAGUUUCUUGCCGACGAGGUCCCCUAUCCGUGUCCUCCGUAGGCAUUAAAAUUCAGUCGGGGUGUCGGGGCAGCGUAUUCAUGGAGUAAAAAGCGCGCGUGUCUGCGCGUAUCGACUUGGAGCGGGUCCGUUGUCGCGCGGCGGGUCGUUUUUACAGGCUCGCGACGCGUCGCGCAUUACCCGCGUGGAAUUUCGUUCGCAGAAAGAAGACGGAUCGAAGAUCAACAGGAUCGUCGUUGGAUCGCCGUUGGAUCGUCGGUAGGACGGAGAAGAGGAGAAUGAAGUGAACGUAAUCGAACGAGGAAAAUCGAACGUCAGGGAACAGACAGACAUAUCGGCCGCGGAAGAGGGCGCGAGAUGCGAGAGGAUCAUAGAUGAUAACGAGAUCUCUAUUAAACGAUAUACAUAUAUACAUAAAUAUAUAUAUAUAUAUAUACAUAUAAUAUAACAUAAAUGUACAUAAAAGUAAUAAUAUCUGCGAGGCAACCGUGGAGCACACAGAAGCAUAUAUAAGAAGAGUAUUUAACGUCGCUGUUACGCGAUCCUAUUGUUUUCUCUACUCCGAUGUUCGAAGUUUAAGCAGAAGAAAAUCUAAUCUAUUUAAAAACAAAAAAAAAGAAGAUUUAUCAAAUAGUUGAAUUAAGAGUAAGCGCACACGCGCCCGUUUAUCGUCGUUGAUCAAGAACGAGCUAAAAAAUAAAAGAAACGACCAAAAGUAACAAAACCACGAGGAAACGAAUUGCUGUCAAUUACUAAUCGAGUCGUUGGAUUAACAAAUUUAUCGCCUAGUUCAAUUAACUACUGCUACUGUCGCUGUUCUAACGAGUUUCUUCUGUAGCGGUUUCUCCGAACCUACCUCCUAAGAAGAAAAGGGCGCGGUGACAAAGGGCCGGACGAAGAGGAGCGCGUUUAGGUGACAACGAAGACGAGUGAAGUGGGGGGAGAGGGGGCUACCGGUAAACGGCCUACAAACGUGUGUCUCUAGAUAUAGAGCACGCCGGCUCCUCGAGCCGACUCUUCGCAAUGGUUGUACCUGGUUUAAUCUGCAGUUAAGACUUCGACCGUUCUGAACGGAAGCCGCGAUCGCUUCCGCGCCGUUCCGAAGAUAGCAGCGGCGGCAUGAACAGACGAGACCGGUUACGAAGUGCCAUUCGCCAAGUGUCGCGCGAUCACGAGCGGUUCGUCAAGAUCGCGGCCGGCAACUGUCAAACUUUGUGUACGCAGCCGUAGUGUGUAGAGAGACGGGAACGUAGAUCAACGAUCAGGGAAGUACAGAGACACGGUGACUGACAAUAUACGUAAUAUAUCGCGGCCGACGCAACAAAUAGAAGUGAACGAUAACGAAACAGGGAGAGCGAGAGAGAGAGAGAGGGAGAGAGAGAGAGAGAGAGAGAUUCCGACAGUCGAGUAGCCAGAAAAAUCGGGUGGGAAGAAAGGUUACGAGAGUGUGCACAGUUCGGUUAGACGUGUGAGAAGUUCGGGUUCGCGUCAACGGAAUAGUCGACAUGGAGAUCCAUACCGGUCCCAGUGUAUUCGAGUGUCGUUCGAUCUUUCGAGCAUCAAACGCAUCCGCGCGUUACAUUCAAGCGUCGUUCAUGUUCCUCCUUGGGCCGCAGGGAAGGCUGUAACUUCGCCCAACAGCCUGAUCGCGCGGUGCACGCGAUGAAUCGCCCCGGGGACCAUCGAGAGCCUGAAUCAGGUCGGAUCGUAGAAGCUUAGUUGACUCUGGUGACCGAGUGGCCGCGUUAUCCGAACGCGAACUUGAUGAAAAUGGACACGACCAAGCUGGGUGGGCCAGCGCCCACCAGCCCAAGGGCUCACUCGCCGGUGAUGGCGAGCUACAGCAGCGCCAACACCACCACCACCGACGCAAACAUCGACUACGUGAUCAGCGACUACAUGGAGAGACUCGGCACAAGGCUGAACAUCCUCGAGACCGAGCUGAAAUACGCUUGGCGAGCGUUGGACCUCCUCAGCCAGGAGUACAUUAAGAUGUGGGAGAGACUGGAGAAGCUGGAGGGCCUCCUGUACGAGCAGCAGACGGUGAUCAGCCAGCUGCUCGAAUUCUACACCAGCGACGGGCCGCAUCAGACCGUGAACGUGGUCGAGCAGUCGUUGGCCAGCCAGCAGGCCACGGUCGGAGAGUUGGACGCCAUCGCGAAGAGCAUAGGCGCGAGCAUGGCCAUCGAGGAGACGAUGAGGGAGAAGCUGACGCAACAAGAGCUGGCCAUGAUGCACGGGCUCACGCAGGACAGCUCGACGGCUGCCGCGGUGGUCGCCGACAUCCACCGGAACGUCAGGAACCUGGACGCUCUGGAGACUCUCGCGGAAGAGAGUAAUAUUCCGGACGAGGCGUUCUACAGGAGCCUGAACAACGCUUACAGGGAGGACUUGAUCUGCGGCGACACGUCCAGGCCGACGUCGCAGUUGGGGAUGAUCUGGGAGGAGGCCGAGGACGAGGACGUGAAUGGAAAGAAAGAGGUGGAAGGGAGCCUGUUCGAGAAAACCGUGGCGAAGGAGAAGGAGCUCAAGGAGCUCAAGGAGCUCGAGGAGCUGACCGGCAAGCCGACCAAGGAAGAGACGAAGGAGACGGCGACGGACAAGAAGGACGAGACGGACGAGGACGAGGGCGAGGUGUUCAGCGCGGCCGACUACAAAAGCUACCGAGGUAACACACCCUGCGUCAGCGAGCAAGACUUGGCGCAGCUGUCCAGGCUCAGCUCGAUCGAUCAAGUGGCUCUGGAGAAGUUACACGAACUGGAGAGCACCGAAGCCGAGGCGAGGAAACUGGUCGAGGAAGCGGCUAGCAUAGACGAGCAGUUUCGAAAAAUCUACGCGGAGACCGACGUCGACAGUUGGACAUUCUCGAAGAGCCCUGGAUCGACCGGUAGAUCGAUCUCCAGAGUCAGCACCGACAGCGGUCUCGCCACCGACGGCGAUUUCACGACUAGAUCGAUAUCGCCUAGACUGACGUCCACAUCCAGGACGAACUUGGACUCGAUCUCGAGUACUUACACGCCUCCUAGGCUCAGCUACACCGCCACCAUGCGGGAGAAGAGUCCGGAACCGGUGAUCCAAUUGCCGAUAGACGUCGGCAGCUUCGCGAAGGGCUACGCGGAGAACAAGGAGCUGACCGAUCUGAUGGUAGAGAGUUUCGUGGCCGUAACUUGCGCCUCGCCCACUAUAUACAGCACCACCGCGGACAAGGUUCCAUCGCCGACCUUGUCGGCAGGCAGCGUCCACAGCGUGCACAGCGUCCAUAGCGUACAAAGUCUUCGGACCAGGCAGGACAGCUUCUUCGGCAGCGCGGCGCGACUGAACUUGGAGUUCCAAGAGAGUAGAACGCCGCCGAGCCCGUCGCCGAGUUCGCCGCCUCCGCCGGCACCCAGAGACACCGCGGACUCGUUCCUGAUGCCGGGAGCGGACCAAAGGGAGCCCGAAGCGAAAACUUCGCAGAGCCCCACGUUCCUGAGGAACGCCGAGAAACUGGUGUCGUUGGAGCAGGGACGACUGAGCCCGCGUGCACCGCACUCGCCGAAGUCGCCGCGAGUGUCGCCCAAGCACGCCAUCAAGCCUAGCAGCGCGGCGAACAUCGUCGCGGCAAAGUCCGAUUCCGGCCUAUCAUCGAUGAGCGGGUGGAGCAGUUUGGACAAGUCGCCCAGCUCCCCGAAGAGUUCGAUCGCCAAGAUGCUGACCUCUUACUCCAUGGAUCACGCGAGGACACUGAUCCCGAGCACCGCGACGGUGAGGUCCAGCAGUCCCAUACCGCCUCUACCGGAGACCACGUCCUCCGUGAUCACGCAGGAGCCGUUGUACGACACGCCGGAGGGCAGGGACGCUUUCGCGAACGCCACGGCCACGGUCACCAGUCAUUCCUACGCGCUCGCUAUGAAUCACCUGUCGAAUUACGCCGCGAUAAAGACGCCGACCACCAAAGAAGAGUACAACUUCGUGCCACCGCCGGCACCCAUCGCGACCACUUGCCAAAGCCCGAAGAGGCGGACCCGCCAGCAGGCCUUGCAGCACACCUACGACACUGUUCCGGCUGGAACCACGCUGGACUAUGUGUUUAGAUCGGACCAGCCGGCCAUUUACUCCGUGGCCGGCAGCAAUCGACAACAAGCCAUUACCAGCGUGUACACCAGCGGUUCCGCCAAUUACGGGCCGAAGACCACGAUCACCGCGUAUUAUCCGGAUCCGAUGGACCAGUACAACAGCUACCAAGAGAACUUCGGCUCCGUGACGUACACGGAGUCGAGCUCGGUCGGUCACAUGAGGAAACCUUGGAGAAGCACCGCGUACUCGGACGGACUGACGAACCACGAAAGCUACAAAGCCGCGAUGUACCGCACAAUGUUCCCCACAGGCAAUAUCACCGACGCUUUGUCCUAUUACCCGACCAGCGCCAAUCUGCCCCGGACAGAAACGAACGAGAGCUCCUGGCUAAACUCGAUGGAGGAGCAGAUACCGCACGACUCCACGUCGUCGAGUAUCAGAUCGUUGACGUCGGACGGCAGCCACGCGCAGAGUCCGUACACCGACCGAAGGUAUCCACAACCGCCGGCCUAUCAUCACACCUACGUGAACCAGAACUACCCGCAGGCCUACCAGCAACAGUACCAGCCGUACAGUCAAAGACUGAGCAGCUCGGAGAGCGCGCAACUCGCCGAUGGCUACCAGAGGCAGUGGCAACGGGAGCACCAAUACAUCCAAGACCACGACACCGGCAGACCGUCCAUGGAUCAGCCCCAGCACCAGCCGAGCGAGUACUACGACGCGUCCAGCGUUAUAGUGUCCCAAUCUGGGUACAUCAGCAUCGCGUGCUACAUGAAGGACCCCGAACCGGAGAACGCCAAGGCGACGAAGAAGAUCAGAAGGGGAUCUUCCCUGAAGAACGCGAUGAGCUCGAUGAGCAACUGGCUGCCGGACCUACACCUCAGCAAGAGACACAGAAGCCAUUCUCUGCCUGGCGGAGUGAGGAGAGAAGACCUGGACGGACCUCCGGAACAACAGCAAAGACCUCCGGCCGACACGGCCACGGCCAGAGGCCGCGGCAGAGGUCAGGCUGCGAGGAAGAAGAAGAAGCACACGCUGGUCUCCACGGUCUCGGGUAUCCUGCAGAAAGCGAAAAGACGAAGUCAUCAGACGCAGUCGCUGUCCGAUCCCGAACAAUCGGAGACCGAGUGGAGCAGCGGUAGACAGAGCGGCCUCUCGGAGGACGAGGACAGCGUGAUGUCCGACGUGAACCAGGAGCAGCCGUUCUUCGCGAAAGUGAAGACGGCGAGCACGAAGCGGAAACCGGUGUCGCAACCGUUGCCCCAACAAGUGCAGCAACAGCAGCAGCUGCAGCAGCCGCCGGCCCAGCUGUCCCAGCAGCAGAAAGAGUAUCUGCAGCAACAGCAGCAGAUGCAGCAACAAGCUCUUCAACAACAGAUCCAACAGCAAGCCAUGCAACAGCAGAUGCAGCAGCAGAUGCAGCAGCAGAUGCAACAGCAGAUGCAGCAACAGAUGCAACAGCAGAUCCAGCAGCAUCAGGAGCAGAUGCAGCAGCAGGCGCUCCAGGAUGGCUGGGGCAAAGAGAAGGAUCAGAGGAAGGAAACGGAGCACGACAUCGAUCAACUGGCCGGUUUCGAGGAGGAGACGUCGGGCAAGAGCACCGGUUCCGGCUCGGGCGGAUCCUCCAUAUUCCAAACCGUCGGCGACAUAAAGAAAUCAACGGGCAGCUCCGACGAGGCGCCCAACGAGAAGGCGCCCAAGCUUCCUCCGGUCACUAUAAUGGCCGGCGCGAGUAUGGAGUUCGCCGUGUCCAGAGCGUUGGGCAAAUACCGGCAGAGACAGUCGUCCACGGUCUCCGACGAGCAACCGCCCAGCGAGGACUCCGGCAACGACAAGAAAUCGGAGGAAGGAACCGUCCAGACGCUCGAGACGAGCUUCGAGUAUCCCGAAGACGUCUCGGAGAAGAGCGAGAAGAGCGAGAAGUCGAGCAGCACCAGGCUGCCGGAGUUGGUCACCAGCAUAUCCGAGGAGGCGCCGCCGUCGGAAGGCAGCCCCUCGGCGUCCAGCACGAGGGGCAUAUCGACGGGAAGCCGAUUCCUACCGCGGCACCAGCAAUCCCUCGAAAUACCAUGGACGGGGUCGCGACCCGGCGAGCUGGACGAGGACAACCGAAGCACGCAUUCCUACCGAAGCACGUCGAGGGUCUCCUCGAGGCGGCAGAGCACGGAGGAUUCGAUCGAUUCCGAGGACGAAUGGUAUCGGUACGAGCUGAGGAAACUGGAAGAGCUGGAAAGACAGUCCCAGAUCGAAGUUGAAAUGGGAGUGGUGCUGGUCGAGGAGCCCGAAGAGACCGACCAUUACCGGCCGGACGACACGGUGAAGGAGAAGAUGUCGUUCGUGCUGAAGGAGCUGAAGAUGAAGGCCACCGCGAAACCUAAAGAGCCGAAGGAGGAGAAGGAAGAGCCGAAGGCCGCCAAGGUGAACGGAACCGUCGCGAAGGAGCAUCGGAUCGACGAGAGAGACAGGUAUCGCGACGAGAAACCGAUCCCGAAACGAAAAUCCGCCGAGAGCAUCGAACAGGUGUUCGCGAGGGUGACCGAUUACCACACGUGGGCCCAAGAGGAGGAGAUCAGAAAGGAAAAGCCGCCCUCGUCCAUGGAGGAGGGCUCCUCGGGGGAGACCUCGGGCCCCGAUAGUCCCGUGCAAUCGAUGGACGAAGAGGAGGAGGAAGAAGUAUCGAAGGACCUCGAGGAACAACAGUCGAGACGGAGCUCGAGCGGCUCGACCUUACGACACGGUGAAAAAGUUCUUCCCGGUUCAGAAUCCCUUUCUCGCGAAGGUAGCGUUAGUGUACCACCUAGCGAGGUGUCCGUCAGCAUCCCGGGCGCCUGGGAUUCGGAAAGCACUGUCCUUGAAGGCCUCGAGCGCGACGGAGCCGGUAGCGCCGAGACGGCAACUACCGCGACCUUGAGCCUGCCGAAAAUCAAAAUCGACUCCUCGUCCUGCGGUAGCUCGGACACGACGCUUAAGGAGGGCCAGGUCAGCCCUGGCCCCCCUGGAUCCAAGUGGAAGCUACUGAAGGCGUUGAAGGAACGCCAGGCCGAGGAGAAGCUCAAGGGGGUCGAGGAGGCCUCUAAGGAGACUGCUAUCGCUCAGGGACCCACGGCAGUGAGUAUCAUGAUUAAGUGAGGACACGAAAACCUUUGUAAGGCGUACUCGAGAUUCGGGGGUUGGGUGAAAUCAUAGGCAUAAUCGCUCUCGACGAGGCUGCUCUCGUCGAGCCGUCUCAUUUAUUUGCGCGCGCUUUCGACCGACUUCUACGCUGAUUUCGUGUCCUGUUUCUUCUGUACAGGCUGUUUUGUAAGCCGCGGGGCAAACCUACGGGAUCGCCUGUCGAGGUCCGAAGUUGCUUCGCUUUUUUUCGCUCGGGCUCGCGAACUUCGCUCGUCGUCGAGAAGAGAACUUCUUCUUCUUCUUCUUCCAGGUAGCUUCUUCCAUGGUUGGACAAUUCGAAUACGUUCUCCGACAAGAUACGCGGGAUCUUGAGAAGCUUUUGCACACCUUUCAAACGCUUUCGACCGAAGCACUUGGUUCCGAGAGACCUCGACGGACGCGGUCCCGACGUCGCGUCCUCGAUAUCAAUAUAUCCCGAGCGUACGCCGGGAGGACGAGCGAUGCGAAGUUCGCGCGAACAUCGAAGUGCCGCGACGAUGCCUGUGGAAAAUGCACGGUUGAAAUCCUUGGAAACCGAGAAGUGAUCGUCGACGGGGCUGCUCUCGCAUCGCUCGUCUUUCGGCUCCGCGGACGGCUCCGUUAGCCGACGGCGCGAACGAUUUAUUUGGAGCGUAGCGACUUGAUUUCCCGUCGAGCUUUCGAUUGGUUGUCGCCGGCGAGUAACGAGUACACUCUACGCUAA